GCUGCGUUUUCUUGCCGUGGCUCUCAGACCAGUCUGGGAACAGCCUGUGGUCCUUGCACUGCCGACGCAGAUGCAGCAGCUGCCCGCACUCCAGGCCGCGCCUGAUCAGCUGAGAUUAGCCAUUCCAGAAGACGCGGUGCAGCGCCUGCUGGCUCGACUAAGACCUGCGCUGGAGUUUGCACAGCAGGGGCUGAAG